AUGACCUUUGGCAUAGGUGAAAGCGUCAUGGCUACAGUUCGGAACCCGGCCCGUGGUCAACAGAUUUGGUACCAACCCGGACCAUUGACCACGAUACUCGGACGAGCUCUUGGAGGCCGGAUUGGACGAGCCAGUGGCGGAUGGGACAUUGGAAUUACCAAAGUCCACUUAUUUCCAUCACCUAUUUUCACUUCCUUGAAGAUGCCCGAUUCCCUCUCAGUCGUCACUUUUCACAGGGAUGAGGUGUGGGAGCUUCCUGUCAACGCAGAGGUCUUAGCAUGGUCAGACAAAACCGGGGUCGAAAUGUUUAGGUACGGCAGUCACAUAAUGGGUAUUCAGGGUCACCCUGAAUACACCAAGGAUAUCUUGCUGCACCUAAUCGACCGUCUUUUCAACCGGGAACUCAUUGAGGAAUCAAUUGCAGCCGAGGCCAAGACUAAAGCGGCGGGCAGUGAACCCGACAGGGAAGCUUGGAAGAAACUGUGCACCGCCUUUCUAAAAGGAAAAUUGUGA